CGUCCCCGAGCCGGACCCCGCCCCGCCGCCAGGCGUCCCCGCUCGCUCGCCCCGAGCAGGCGCUGCGCGAUCUGCGGCCCCGGGCACCCGGAGCGCUCGCGGGGGCAGUGCCACCGCCUGCCCGCGUCGGCCGCAGCUCGCCCUGGGGACCCUGACCUGGGUCCGCGGUAGCUCUCGGGCGAAAGUUCGCGGAGCCACUUCCGCAAGGGGAGGCGCCACCUGUCCCGGGCGCAGCCCCUCUCCCUGGGCGUCUGCCCCCGCCGCCGGCCGCGUCCCCGCAGGACCCCGGCUCCGCGCGCAGGGCGGCGGCGUCUUUCAGACUCUGCGCGGCCCGGGAUCCCGAGAAAGAAGACCUGGGCCUGCCACACUGUCUAUGGAUAGUUCCACGGUAAUGAAACAGUGUGUCUUCAGAGGAAUGGAGGAAAACAAGGAAAGGCCAAAACGACAGCCGCAGAACAGCUUCCCCACGUUUCCCUCUCCGAAAGCCUGGAACUUCAGAGGGCGAAAACGGAAGCAGAGCGCCCAGGGUGAGGAUGCUGUCAGCCUUUGCAGCCUUGACAUAAGCGAGCCCAGUAAUAAACGGGUCAAACCCCUUUCCAGAGUCACAUCACUAGCAAACCUCAUCCCACCCGUGAAGGCCACACCGUUAAAACGCUUCAGCCAAACCCUGCAGCGCUCCAUCAGCUUCCGCAGCGAGAGCCGCCCAGACAUCCUCACCCCCCGACCCUGGUCCAGGAAUGCCGCCCCUUCGAGCACCAAGCGCAGAGACAGCAAGCUGUGGAGCGAGACCUUCGAUGUGUGUGUCAACCAGAUGCUUACGUCCAAGGAAAUCAAACGGCAGGAGGCUAUCUUCGAGCUUUCUCAAGGAGAGGAAGACUUGAUAGAGGACUUGAAAUUGGCCAAAAAGGCAUAUCAUGACCCCAUGCUGAAACUCUCCAUAAUGACAGAGCAAGAGCUGAAUCAAAUUUUUGGAACACUGGACUCCCUCAUUCCUCUACACGAAGAGCUCCUUCGUCAGCUCCGAGAUGCUCGGCAGCCUGAUGGCUCGACCGAACACGUCGGUCCCAUCCUCGUGGGCUGGCUGCCUUGUCUCAGCUCCUACGACAGCUAUUGCAGCAAUCAAGUAGCCGCCAAAGCUCUGCUGGACCACAAAAAGCAAGAUCACCGCGUCCAGGACUUCCUACAACGAUGUUUAGAAUCCCCCUUUAGCCGCAAACUAGAUCUCUGGAAUUUCCUCGAUAUUCCAAGAAGCCGCCUGGUGAAAUACCCGCUGCUUCUCCGGGAAAUCUUGCGGCACACGCCAAAUGAUAAUCCGGACCAGCAGCACCUGGAGGAAGCUAUAAACAUCAUUCAGGGAAUCGUGGCAGAAAUCAACACCAAGACCGGGGAAUCUGAAUGCCGCUAUUACAAAGAGCGGCUCCUCUACUUGGAGGAAGGCCAGAAGGACUCCCUAAUCGGCAGCUCAAGAGUGCUGUGUUGCCAUGGAGAACUGAAGAACAACCGGGGUGUGAAACUACAUGUCUUCCUGUUCCAAGAAGUCCUCGUGAUCACACGAGCUGUCACCCACAACGAGCAGCUCUGCUACCAGCUGUACCGGCAGCCGAUCCCCGUGAAGGACCUCCUGCUGGAAGACCUGCAGGAUGGAGAAGUGAGGCUGGGCGGCUCCCUGCGUGGGGCAUUCAGCAACAACGAGAGAAUUAAAAACUUCUUCAGAGUCAGUUUCAAAAAUGGAUCCCAAAGUCAGACCCACUCACUGCAAGCCAACGACACCUUCAACAAACAGCAGUGGCUCAACUGCAUCCGUCAAGCCAAAGAAACAGUCCUGUGCGCUACCGGACAGGCCGGCGUGCAUGACCCUGAGGGACCGUUCCUAACUCCCGCCCCAAGGAGCAAGGAGCCACAGGGAGAAACAAAACUUGAGCAGAUGGACCAAUCGGACAGUGAGUCAGACUGUAGUAUGGACACAAGUGAGGUCAGCCUCGACUGUGAGCGCAUGGAACAGACAGACUCUUCCUGUGGGAACAGCAGGCACGCAGAAAGCAACGUGUGACCGAAGCGUGUGUACCUCCUGGAAGUAGCCUGUGUCUUACCUGUACAGUAUUUGCAUUCCACACAUGGAACGGUUUGGACAAGCACUUUUUAAUACUUUUGUGAUGGUGUUGACCAGCCUCUUGUAUCUGUCCCUUUGUCCCUAGUACUGUAACUGCCAGUCUGUCUGUGUGAGCCGGAAUCUGUGGCAACUGCUACCCUGUGUUGUAGUUCACAAAUGUCUGGAUGGAUGGAGAGGUACUUGAACAAGUUACUUUCAGUUGUCCUGCUGGAUUUUUAAAAAUAGAAGAGAAUCUCUAAACUACUGUUUCUUGUAGGUCGCUUAAAGAGUCCGUGUUUCUCUAGUGCUUUCCUAGCUCUUCGACAUGGGAGCUGAAGGCACCGUUCUUAGAGGGCCUUGGAGAGAGGGCAUGAGGAAGUCACUCAUGUAUCUUGAUGGCAUUUGCAGGAAAACGGGGAAAGAUCCAUCCAUGUAGUGAACUUGGCUGGAUGUUAUCCAGUCAGGAAGCAUGAAAACAUCCCUGGGAAUCCUGGAGGCUAAAUUUUGCAAAGGAAGAAUCACUGUCUUGGCCGCACAGUGUCAUCCAGUGCAAAUUGGAUGCAGUAAUGUACUAGGACACGAAGUAGAGUCUGCCCUUACAAGGACUGGCUCAGAAGCAGCUGUCUGCUCUGCAUCUUGAACUGCAAGGUGAUGGCGCCAGUGGUCUCCGGCAUAGUUGCUGGCUUGUCUUAGCCAUUUCUAGCCUAAAACAUCAGAGUAGGGCUCAAAGGGCCUGGGAAAACCCGGCAGCAUGACAAGAAGACCUGUCUUAAUUUUGUCUCAUCGGCCUAGACCUAUUCAUAUAGUGAAGCUUGGAUGGAGAGGAGGAAGGGAGACUGGCUCUGCUUACGGAAACAGGUGAGCAGAAGAAUUUGCAAGGAGAAGCACUGAAUGACGUUAGGUGGGAAACAUGAAAAGAAAAGCAGGUCCAGUCCCUUCUGGGGAAGGCCGGAGCCUUGGAUUUUCCUCCUCUGCCUUUGGGCCCUCGUGUGCCAUCUCUGGCUCUGUGCUGUGAUCGGAAUCAUCAAUCCAUUCUCCAGAGGCCAAUGUAACGAACCCUAUGAUCCAUUAGGAUCAGUUGGCCAAACUAGUAACCUCUUUGUCCAGCCUUGAUUUCCAGUGCAGGGUGGGUCACAGACCUUAACAAAAGUUCCCUGAACACACAGAAAAGCUCCCUGUGAGUGUAAAUAUUAAGGGUGACCUGUGCAAAAUGAUACCCACACCAGCACUAGUCUCAUACAAUUCUAAAUUAUUGCCAAAAAAGUUUUGGAUUUUUUUUGAUCUUCUGUUGUCUUUCAAGUUUACAGAAAGGAGAGCAGUCGACGCUCUGUUGUCAUUGUAUCAUGUCCAUCAGGUGCAGUCAAAGAAGCUGUGUGACGAGAUUUCUCAAUAUAAAAACAAGGCGUAUCACUUAUUUUUCAAAACCAAAAAAAUAUUGUGGUCCAUUUUAUCCUGUAAACCUAUUUCUGUAUUUAUAUAUUUGAAAUGUGGUGAAUUUUUUUUUUCUAUUAUAAGUUUAUUUAAAACUGCUUCGUCUCUCAAGUUGUUGACGGAUUUAGCAAGCAAAUGAGCCUGAUGCGCAGAGGAGCAGAGAAAAGUUGUUUGAUCUCUGAGGAGAGGGUGAAUGAGUGGCUUUGCAUAAGCCACUGGCACCUUCUGCCAGUUCCUUGAGAAAUAGGGUCUGUUAAAUGCUGGCCUACGGGAAGAAAGACAAUGAAUGUUUUGAUGAAAUGAAUGUUUUUGUAUAAUGGCCUUAAACUUUUCUGGAAGCAUUUCAAAUAAAUUGCAUUAAAAUGUCA